CAGGCAGGGCGCCCAAGCAGAAGGUUUCCAACCUGCGGUGAUGGGAGGAGGCCUUUGCCUUCUAUGAAACCUCCUCAUCGAGACCAGGAAAGCGGCCCUUCCUCAUUUGCAGGCCCACCUUGUUGGGCAGGUUUCGCCGCCUUUAAUCCGUGGUUUGUGGCGUUUCAGCUGCUGGAAGAAAAUGACCAGCUGAUCCGGUGUAUUGUGGAAUACCAGAAUAAAGGCAGGGCUGCGGAAUGCAUGCAGCACCAGCACACGCUGCACAGGAAUCUCAUCUACUUAGCUACGAUCGCUGACGCGGCCGCUUCCCUGACCACAGAGAAAACUGCUGUAGACUAAUUUGGCGCUCUUGGCAACAUGAGUGUCUCUUUGAAAGGGGCCAGGAGUCCCUGCGGAGAGCUUCCGGGCUGCUAAAAGUGCCUUGGACAGAAAACCCGGCAAAUGGUGCUCUUUUUAAAGAGGCGAGGUUUCCAUUCUUCCUUGGAUCAGCUAGUAAAUAGCCAUUUAGCAACACCUCUGAUGUGAAAACAACAA